GGGAUUUCGCCGUUUCUUUGCUUCGAAGCUCAGAAUCUUCUCCUAACCUUCAAUUGCGGCUCCGAGUCUCUUGUCACUGUUAUGCUUGGGGACCUCUGGUCUAUGUUUUCCCUCGUAUUCUGAGAUCUCUAAUUUUAAAUUUGUUUGCUUCUGCUCGAUUCUGGAUGUGUCUCUGAAUUGCCUGAAUUCAACGACGGCCUUUCCCUCUCUCUCUCUCUCUCUCUUUGUUUUUCUGUUUUUUUAUCCUUGUUUUCCUUCUCUAGAUCAAGAGUUGUCGCAGAUUCUUGUGAAGCGGUAUUGUUUUGAUUGAUUUCUUCUCGUUAUUUCUCAUACACAGUUCGGCGCAGUUUCUGAAGAUAUGGCGAGGUUUCCUCUUCAAGAUCUUCGAUUCAGAGUGUCGAGGAUUUGGUCCUUAGCCUCUGUUUAGUAGUUUAAGGAGCUUCUUAUGAUUUGUUUUGGCUUGUUGCAGAUCUUCAUCUGGUUCUGAUGAGAAUAUCUCCAGAAAAUGGUGAGAUUUCCUUUCCCAGGCGUCUUUUUAAGAGCUUUUGCUUUUUCGCACCAAGUUUAGCGGUGAUCUUCGAUCGAUUUGCCGAUAUCUCCACUACAACAGCUGCUACUAUCUCUACUACUACAAUGAAAAGGCCUUUUCGCCCUCUCUUCAGUCUCCUGCCUCUUAUUGUGAUUGUUUCCACCUUUAGCUCCAGAACUGUGGUUCGCCGGAGCUUCAGCUUCCUUCGGGUAUCGCUGGAACAACCAAUGCGGGUAUCGAAUUCAGCUCUGCUUCAGUUUGCAGCAAUCGAUCUUAAUGAGGCAAACGAAAAGAGAGAUAUUGAACAGUUGCUUGAAGGGAACUUUAAUAGACCAGGUCGGCACCGUUCCAAUCACUUUGACCUUCCGACGAGAUCCUCUACUGGUAGACUACCAUUCCAGCUCCGAUCUCCCAAGUACUAUAGAAUUUGGUUGCAUUUCCGUAAAUCCCUACGUGACUGGUCACGGCAUAAAAGGUUCCAACCAGAUAUCAUGUUGGACUUGAUCGAUCUUGUCAAACGUCCUAUUGAUCAACAUUAUGGACUGCCUAGCUCCAAUGGCCGAUAUGCUUCUUGUGCAGUUGUGGGGAACAGUGGGAUUUUGCUUAAGGUUGAGUAUGGAGAUCUGAUAGACAGCCACGAGAUUGUGAUCAGAUUGAACAAUGCCAGGACUGAAGGGUUUCAAAGGAAUGUAGGAUCCAAAACAAAUAUCUCCUUUGUGAACAGCAAUAUCCUGCAUCUAUGUGCUCGUAGAGAAGGCUGCUUCUGCCAUCCCUAUGGGGAAAAGGUUCCUAUUGUUAUGUACAUUUGCCAGGCUGUGCAUCUCAUCGAUUACACAAUCUGCAACUCUUCUCACAAAGCUCCUUUGCUAAUUACAGAUGCUCGGUUUGAUCUCUUGUGUGCUAGGAUUGUGAAGUAUUAUUCUGCGAAACAUUUUGUAGAGGAGAUGGGGAAGCCUCUGGAUGAAUGGGCAUCUGCCCAUGAUUCUCACUUGUUCCAUUAUUCUUCUGGUAUGCAAGCUAUCAUGCUAGCAUUAGGAAUUUGUGAUAGAAUUAGUAUCUUUGGAUUUGGAAAGUCAGCACAAGCGAAGCACCAUUAUCAUACCAAUCAGAAGGCAGAACUUCAUUUACAUGAUUAUGAGGCAGAAUAUGCGUUUUACCACGAUUUGAUCCAGAGACCAGAGGUAAUACCAUUCCUCUCAGACAAGCUCAAGGUUCCUUCUGUGGUCAUAUAUCAUUAAAUUCUUUCCACUAGAAUUUUUUUUUGGGUUCUCCGGAAUUGCUUCAUUGGUCAGCAAGCUCUGCUUCCUCUGUAAUUAGUGUAACAAUAGGCUCCCACAGCUCCAAGGAAAGGGGGAAAAGAAAUUGUACUUCUCCAAAGACCUUGUGGGAGAGAUGAAAUUGAAAAUCUCCUAAAGACCCUGUACUAGCUUAGUUGGUACUGGGCACUGCAAAAGGUAAGAGUAUAAUCCAGAAAUGUGAUUUAAGAUUUUUAUAGGAUGACAUUUCAUGUGUAAACUGUUUUCUCAAAUUCCUCGAGUGAAAUUUCUAUGGUUUUGUACUGCA